AUGGCGGCGCAAGAUAAACGAGACUGGUCGUCCCUCCCGAGGGAUCUGCUGAGCCUUGUCCUGAAGCGGCUGCCAUGGUCGACCCACCCGAGCUUCGGCGCCGCAUGCAGGAAUUGGCGCUCCGUGGUGGCGCCCUUCUAUCCGGCCUGGGUGACCCCGGUUCUUCUCAGCGCCGCAGACGUCGGCUCCACCAACCUACGCUUCUACAGCCCUUAUUACCACAAGAACUUCGAGGUCUCCUGCACCCUAGAAGCACCAGGCGCCAAGUUCUGCUGCGCCGCCGGGCGCCACCUGACGCUGUGCCAGCUGUCCAAGGUACUGGAAGCCGACCUCGUCACCGGCGAUGUCCACGAGCUGCCGCCGUCCAUAUACGGAUGGUUCCACUUCGUCGUCUACGACGGCGGCGUAGAGCCCGAGAGGAUGUUCGGCGUCCACACGAUUGGUCAUCCCCGGACCGCCCUCACCGUCAAGGACGACGACGGCGAGUGGGACGGCUGGCACUUGGCGCUCGUGCCUGACUCCGGGUUCAUGGAAGCGUCGCCCAAUACCAACCCGGUCCUCCAUGGUGGCUCGCUCUACGUGUUGUUUGAUGACGGGAAGCUGGCAGUGUACGACGAGUCCCUGCACUGCGACGACGACGGCUUCUUCAAGAUUCUUGACAAGCCGUCCAGCUUCGGGAUCCACAAGUGUGACGAGGAGCCGGAGGACAAGUAUUUGUUCGAGUCCGACGACGGCGAGCUCAUGGCCGUCCUCAUCGGCCGCCGUGGGACGCCGGUCCGCAUCGUCAAGCUCGACGAGCAAGAGAUGGAGUGGCACGAGGUGGACAGCCUCGGCGGGCGCGCGCUCUUCACCGGCACGCUGGACACGUUGAUGAGCAAGACUAAAGUCAAGUGGAUGCAGAACAAGGUCUUCUUCCCUAGACUCUACCAGUGGCCGGACACUGUCCAUGUUGAUAUUGUUGAUCGCCACGGCGAGCUAGCUUUCGUACCGACCUCUACUGGAGCCGGAAGGGACACAAAGCCCGCGAAAGAUGGCGCCAACAUCUGGUCUCAUCAACUAGGGUCAGAAAAUUCGACACAGUUCUGGGACACAGAAAAGUUGGAUUAUAGUAUUUGGGUUGAUUUUAAUAUACAUAAUAAGAAGUAG